UUUCAAGGCAAUCGGAACUAGUGCGGGUGUAGUUCGUAAGAAAAACUGAACUUUGAGAGCGAUGGAAAUUACAGAGAGUGAAGGAUUUUUCCAUCAAGAUUAUGACAAAUUCCGAUCGAAUAUUAACGAUAGUGAAUUUCUGGAUUUUUCCCGGUUGCGAAACGAUGAGCAACGCGUUCGUUUCGUGAAUGAGCUGAGGGACCGUUUGGGCGGUUUGUGGAAAAUCGAACGCCAAGUUGAGAACUCAAAGUGUCUUUCGAAGACGCUAGAGUUGAAGGAACUUGGAAACGAGGCAUUUAUGGAGGAAAAAUGGAGCGAUGCACUUGGGCACUACAACAAAGCGUUUCUUUAUGUACCGUCUGGUAAAAGUUUGGACAAAGCCAUCGUUCUAGCUAAUCGUUCGGCAGUGUUAUUCCAUCUUAAAAAAUAUGACCAAGCUGUGCUGGACAUGGACCUCUCAAUUGAGCUUAACUAUCCGCAAGAUAUGAUGUACAAAUUGAUGGAACGUAAAGCCCGUUGUUACCUCGGUAACAAAGAUCCCCUGAAAGCCCUCAAGUAUUACAGGGAAUGUUUUGAAGCGUUAUCCAGCUCGAAACUGAAGGGAGAAAAUCUACUGAAAUGGACAAAAAGAAUAGACAAAAUAAUUUGUGAUCUAGAGCUGCACAUCGCCACUGUGAAAAAGUACCUAGAACCGGUGAAGAGUCGAACUGUUAGGAAAUUUGUUCCGCAUUUUGAUAAAUCUCUGUACUUUGAUUGUACUGAAGAAGAGGGAAGAUUUGCCCGCACCAGCACCGACCUUAAACCAAACCACAUUCUUAUUAAGGAACAGCCCCACGCUUCGGUGGUCACAUAUGACUACAGUUUAUUCCAUUGUGAUCACUGUUGCCGCCGUGUCGAAGUUCUGUUUUGCUGCUUCAGCUGUGUUGAUGUGGUUUAUUGUUCGGAGGAAUGCCGGAAGCUCGCCUGCACCAGUUAUCAUCAAUUCGAGUGUGGUUUUCUGUCGUAUUUGCGCAAUUCUGGGGCAAACGUAGUUUGCAGGCUAGCAUUGAGGAUAGUUACACAAAAAUCAUACGAUCACUUUGUAAGCUUGCAAAGUUCAGAAGAUAAUUUGAACCAGUUGUCUUGUGAAGAGCUGAAUAGAUUACCAGCACAUGACUAUCGACGCGUUAGUCAUUUCGUAUCACAUGCCGAACGUAGAAACGCAGAAGACUCCUUGAAAUGGACACUGAUGGCAGUCUUCCUGAACGCUAUUCUACUGAUGUCCGGAUUCUACAACUCGACCAGACUCGAUGGAUUAAUAGGAACCAUCUUGCUUCGAAACAUGGGUAUAGUCACAUACAAUUCGCAUGAAAUAUCUGAAUUACAGCGCAGAAGACACCAAGAUCCGGGUAAAUCGGUUUGCAUAGGUGCCGGACUUUACCCUACACUAGUUUUAUUCAAUCAUUCGUGUGAUCCAGAUAUCACAAGAUAUUUCAUAGGCAACGAAGUUUAUGUCCGCACGGUGAAGAACAUAGCUGCUGGUUCGUCAGUAUCGGAGAACUAUGGGCAACUGUUUGCCCGCUCCGAACGAAAGGACAGGCGCAAAUUCCUCAGGACAUUGUACAAAUUUGAGUGUAACUGCCGUGCUUGUGUUGAAGAUUGGCCCACUGUUUAUGAAAUGGUCUCCUCCAAAGUUCGGUUCCGGUGUAGGGGGAAGAUCGGAUGCAAUAAUGGCUUGGUGUAUACCGAAGAUUGUACUAGCGAUGCUUUGACGUGCGAAAAAUGUGGAGAGUUGACCGAUAUCAACGAAAGCUUCAAAUUAUUGAAGGACACAAAUAUGUUAAAUAAUUACAAUGAAGCGAAUCGUCUCCAUGAAAUGGGCGAAUGUGAACGAGCGCUCUUCAAGUAUGCAGCCAUCAUGAAUUCUUUGGACCAGGUUUUGGUUCAACCCUACAGAGAAUACCAUCUUUGUCAACAAGGUAUCCGAAGGUGUUCACUGGAACUUGGAAAUAUGUAUGUUGCACAAAACUAGCCUGGUAAUAACAUCAAAGCGACUGGAAGAGAGGGGGAUUAUAUUUGUCAUGUCAUUACCUACCAUAGGUUUCAUCCAGGGCAACUCCCUAAGCAGGACUUACUAACUCAGAAAAGCUACAUCGUACACUUAUGUGUAUUAGUUUUUUGUCUGCCAAAAAUUCUAAUAAGUGUAUCAAGCUUAAAAUUAACGAAAUGUGAUAAAAUAAAAACAAUGAAUCUUGAACAUAAA